UCCUCCCCUUUUCUACCUCCCCCUCAGCCCUCUCUUCCUCCUUCUUCUCCAGGAGCAGCUUACGGUCACAUUGAAGAAUGGAGAAGAAGAGCGAGGAGUUGUUGGCUUUCUCUGUGAGGGUCUUCACUCUGCAGGAGGAGGAGGAGGAACGCAUGGAGACACCAGGGGAGGAGGUGCAGGUCCAGGAGGAGGUGCAGGUCCAGGAGGAAAUGAGCACACAGCCGAUGCUCACUGUGUGCAGAGAGGGAGGAGCAGAGCAAGAGCUCACCCUGCUCCUCAGCCCGGGAGAACAAGCUCAGCAGCUCACCGUGCAGGAUGUCAACAGAGCGUCAGUCUUCCGGUUCACUGUAUCCAAGGAGAUGGAGUGCUGCCAGGUCGGAGGACAGUCUUUCCUGGUCACCGUCGGCAACCAGAGUCUCCUGCUGCAGUUCAAAACUACAACUGAUAUGAAGAGCUUCAAGCGGUUGUUGAAGAGAAGCGAUGAUGAUGAGGCGGGGAAAGGUUGCACAGAAGGAGAUCAGGGAGGACACAAGGAUGCAGAGGGAUGCCAAACAAGAGUCCCGAGGACUGAGGAUGGCCCUGCACAGGGAUACCAGUUCCACAGCUGUCUGUCCCAGCACCAGAACCUGCUGCAGGACUCUCCCAGGAUCACCACGUACCAGAGAUGCAUGCUGCUCAAUGAGGGGGACUUCAGAGACAAGGUGGUUCUGGAUGUGAGUUGUGGUUCCGGUAUUCUGUCUUUCUUUGCAGUCCAGGCGGGAGCCACCAGAGUGUACGCUGUUGAGUCCAACCCCAUGGCCAAGUAUACAAAGAUCCUGGUCCAGAAUAACUGUCUGACUGAGCAGAUCCGGGUCCUAGAGGGGAGGCUGGAGGAGGUUAGCUGUCCCGAGAUGGUGGACAUCAUUGUCUCUGAGCCUAUGGGGUACAUGCUGCUCAAUCUGAAGCUCAUGGAGAGCUUCUUGCAUGCCAGGAAAUGGCUCAAACCCAAUGGUCUGAUGUUUCCCUCCUAUGGUGAUAUUCAUCUGGCUCCCUUCAGUGAUGAGCAUCUUUAUUUCGAACACUGCGGACGAGCUAGUUUCUGGCAGCAGAGGAGCUUCUACGGAGUGAACCUGAGUGCUCUUCACAGCGCGACAAUGGACGAGUUCUUCAGGCAGCCAAUUGUGGACACCUUUGAUGUUCCAAUCCUGAUGGCCAGGUCCGUCAGGCACUGCAUCAACUUCAUGGAGGCUAAAGAAGAAGAUUUACAAAGAGUGGAGAUUCCCUUCGUGUUUACUCUGAUGCAGUCUGGCCUGGUCCACGGACUCGCCUUCUGGUUUGAUGUGGCCUAUGCAGGAUCCAAGUCCACGGUGUGGCUCUCCACAGCCCCCACAGAGCCUCUGACACGCUGGUAUCAGGUCAGAUGUUUGCUUCAGACACCACUCUUCGCCAAGCUGGGACAAACCCUGUCCGGGAGGGUCCUGCUGGUCGCCAACAACAGGCAGAGCUAUGACAUCAACAUCACCGCCAUAGUGGACCAAUCAGGCUUCAGAUCCGGAAACGUCCUGGACCUCAGCAACCCUUUCUUCAGAUCUUGGCCCAACACUCACGGUACUCAUCAGCUCUGGGUCGCUGUAUAAAACAGGUGGGUCCAUUCAGGGCGAGCUCCUCUGUACCCAGGAAACCCAUUUCACUUGUCAAUGAGCAGGUGAUCUGUGUGCAGGGCACCGUUCUGGUAGAGAGCCAGCGAGAAGAAGGCCUCUGUCCUUCAGCAGAACAUAGGUGAACUUCGAGCUGAGUCAUGGGGAAACCAAGAUACGUCCACGUCUGUGAAUGAUCCAAACAUGCACAGCGUCCAUCCUGCAGAUACGCAGAACAGGUUCAUGAAAAGUCCACUAGAGGGCAGCAAAGGGUGGGACGUCAUCUUCAAAAACAACAUCUACCAUGAAACAUUCCCCACAGCUACAAAUGGGGUAGAUGUGGAUUUAAGCACAGCGUAGUGUGGAAAACGCUAUUCCAUGUUUUAUUGUUUUUUACAGACGCACUUUUUAUUUUUCGAGUGUACCCAAACGCAUCGUGGACCUACUCCACCACGUCACUAGGGUUAGCGCAUUCGUGUCACCGCGGAUCAAACGGAGAGACGCGAGUAGCGCGAGCCAGAAUAAAAUGACGCUGGCUUGAUGAAGACGUAAACAUGUUGUAAGUCUCUUCAUUGAUCCACAGGUGGUUAUAUUUCUGAAACGACGUUACUGUGUUUUGAAAUGACGUGUGUAUGUUAGUUUGUAGUGAAUUUGUCUGUAACUGCCGUCAUUCAGAGGCUAGUUAGCCGCUAAGUUACAUGUAGUUAAACCGUGAUGUGUAAUGUCGUGUAAUGUCAAGCAGUGAUGUUGUUGCCAGAGUUACUUGUUUCCAGUUUAUUUAAAAUGCGACAGCUUUCAGUGUUUAAGGAGUUUCACCAUGAAAUGCUGUUUAGCAUUAUGUCUAUUUCUGCGCAACCGUUGCACCACUGCCCGCCAUUUUGUGUGAGAGAUGGCGCUAGCGAGAAUAAAAUGACGAUGGCUCGAUGAAGACUUAA